CCACCCGACCGGCGCUAUGGCGGCUGCUGCCAAAGACCACGACGCCGUGCAGGAGAAGUUACAUCCAAGAAAUCUUAUCCCAGAGCUUUGCAGACUGUUUUAUGGUUUAGGCUGGGUAACAGGAACUGGUGGAGGAAUCAGCUUGAAACAUGGGAAUGAAAUCUACAUCGCUCCUUCAGGAGUCCAAAAGGAAAGAAUACAGCCAGAAGAUAUGUUUGUUUGUGACAUGAACGAACAAGACGUCAGUGGUCCUCCACCGCACAAGAAAUUAAAGAAAAGCCAGUGCACACCUCUUUUUAUGAAUGCCUACACUAUGAGAGGGGCAGGCGCAGUAAUCCAUACUCAUUCCAAGGCUGCUGUUAUGGCUACCCUUCUUUACCCAGGGAGAGAGUUCAGUAUUACCCAUCAGGAGAUGAUAAAAGGAAUCCAGAAGUGUACUUCAGGAGGCUAUUACCGAUAUGAUGAUACACUAGUGGUUCCCAUUAUUGAGAAUACACCAGAAGAGAAGGAUCUCAAGGAAAGAAUGGCACACGCUGUGGAAAAAUACCCAGACUCUUGUGCUGUAUUGGUCAGACGUCACGGAGUUUACGUAUGGGGAGAAACAUGGGAAAAAGCCAAAACGAUGUGUGAGUGUUAUGAUUACUUAUUUGACAUCGCAGUGCAGAUGAAGCAGCAUGGGCUAGAUCCUUCAAAAUAUCCAGCAGGAGAAAACGGGAUCUUGUAAAUGACAACAACAUUUAUAUUCAGGUUUCUUACAUGAUGAUGGGAGUUCCAGAUUCCACCUCACACUGUUAAAACCAGAAGGGGGUGCUGUUAUACUCGGCUGAUUGACAGAUGUCAGCAGUCAGUUUUGACUGUUAAACAAAUCCAAGAAGAAAAGGAGACUUAAAAGAAAAAUGCUGAACAAUCAUUACCAUUUAUGAAUCCUGUCAAAUGCUACAGUAGCAGGAAUGAAAAUUCAGAUGCAAAAAAAGAUUUUGAAAAAAGCUAUGGAGAACUAAUGUGACAUUUUGUUUGCGUGCUUUAAAAAUUCAUAUUUCAACAACCUGCAUUUGUUGAUCCUGCUCUACUGCUACAUCAUUUAACUUGUUCUAGGUCUCCAUUUCUGAAAGUUAUAGUAGUCUUUAUUCUUGGGGGAAAAAAGUGAGGACAACCCCUUAAUUAGAAGUUAGGUAUAAAGUUUAAAGCAUUGUUUGAACUGUUGAUUCAUUCAUGCCGUGCUAAUAGGAUUUUUUUUAAAUUAAGCCUGUAGCAUAUGUAUUUUUAAAUUCUCUUAAUUGUCAUUAUAAUGAGUGGGAAACACAUAAUUUUAUAGCGUGCAUUUAGAAGUUGUUACUGAGAGACUGCUCUGGGUCUUGUCUGUUCUUUACUUCUUUAAAUUCAUUCACUUUCAAUAAGAUUUUGUUUACUACAACUUUAAAAUGGCUUUUUAUGACCUAUGAUUAGCCAGCCUAAGGUAGAUUUAAUCAAACUGCUCAUUAAAAUACAGUCUCAAAUA